GCAAUUUAAUUGCUUAUUUUUUCUCAAAAUGACUUACACUUUCUUGUAACUUAAAUAUUUGAAAUCGUUCUUGCUGAGAGCAGCAGUAAACUGAAGAAAUUGUUUUUUGUUUACAAAUGUGAAAAUCCUGGUUAACCUAAAGUCAAUUCUUGUUAAUCUUGUUAAUUAGCUACCAAAACACUCGCUAAACUGUAUUUUUGACCAACAGUGAUUAAUUUAAUUAUUUCAACUUCCAGAUCUCGUUCGUAUCCUCCUCCUUCAGGCCAGUAUAUAAAGCUGUUCAUCUUCAUUACAUCGUUCCUACUUUCAGGAUUAACUCUCGAAAUUAUUUCCAAUGGCAGAUUCAACGAAAAGUUGGCCUAUCAUUCUUGAUGAAGCUAGUUUCUCUUAUCUGGUUGAAUUGUCUCGGAACUUGUCCAAAGUUGAAGGAUUAGUUAAAAAAUUGGUGAAGGGUGAAUAUCAACAAUACGAUGAUAAGAACUAUAAAUCGGGUCAAAAUUCUCAGAACUACACUAGUGUCGAAAACAUUUCUUGGGAUAAUUAUCGUAACGCUAAAGCAGAGAGUGAAGAUGACAAAUGGUCUGAUUGGUAUCCAACUAGCGAUGGAGACGCAUCAAGUGAAAAAAACAACAAUCCCAAAAGUGAAUGGACUAUAAGAUGGGACGAUGAUUGGGACGCUGAACCAGAUUGGUCAAGUGUUGAAUCCAAAAAUGAAACAGCUAUAAAUUGGGAUACUCCUAAGGUAUCUCAAUGGGACAAAGCACAUUGGGAAAGUGAAUGGAGAAAAUCCGAUUCGAAGGAAUCAAAUCAAGAGAAGAUUGACUGGGACUCACCUAAACUAUCUGAUUGGUGAUUGCUUGAAAUGUCAGUUAAUGGAUGGUCUGAAAGCAAGUCGUUCUGGGUCUCCUUCUUGGGACUUUUAAAAUUUUAUCCCAGUCUCACUCCUUGAAGACAUGAAUUUUAUUAUGAUCAAUAAUGUAUACCGCAUAUAAUUGUGUAUUUUCAUUAGAAAGAUAAUUUCCCAAAAAUUAGAUUUAAAAUAAAUUCUCUGCAGCUUUGAAUAAGAUCUUC